AUGGCGCUACUAGACAAUCCGAGACGGUUCGAAUGCGAUGGGUCCAGCGGCAGGCUGAGCCUGGUGGACAGAUAAAACUAUAACCGCGAAGAGUCCCUGCGCUUCGACAGCGACGUGGGACUGCAUGCGGUGACCCAGCUGGGGCAGCGAGACGCCAGGGUCUGGAACCAGAAGAAGCAGGUCCCGAAGCGGUCGCGGGAAGAGGUGCACCGCGUGUGCAGACACAACUAUCAGAGGGAGCACUCCGGAAACGCCGGGGUCAAAAUCCAGCCUAAGGUGAACAUCUCCACCUCCAAAGGGGGGCUCCUGAAGCACCCCAACCUUCUCAUCUGCCACGUGACAGGUUUCUAUCCAUGCAACAUUCACAUCUGCUGGUUCCAGUGUAGACAGGAGGAAACAACUGGGGCUGUGUCCACCAACCUGAUCCACAAUGGAGACUGGAACUUCCAGAUCCUGGUGAUGCUGGAAAUGACCCCUCAGCAGGGAGACAUCUACACCUGCCAAGUCGAGUACCUCAGCCUGGACAGUGCUGUCACUAUGCAGUGGAAGGUACAGUCAGAUUCUGCCCAGAGCAAGAUGCUGGCUGGAGUUGGGAGCUUUGUGCUGGGGUUCAUCCCCUUUGUGAUGAUGAGCAUCAUUCUCCAUUUUCAAAACCAGCAAGAGGCGCUUGGGAGCAUGCGCUCGGGGCACACGUGCCUGGCGGUGGACACCUGCAGUAUGGAGCAGGUGUGCGUGAGUGGGCGCACCUGA